AUGAGUUGGGUUUCUUUAAAAGACAGAACAACUGUCUCUCCUCCUCUGCGGUCCACUGAAGGCCGCAGGAGUCGCGUCUGUCUGUUGCUGCAGCAGGGGCAGCAGCGGCAGCAGCAACAACACCUACUGCUGCUGUUGCUGCUGCUGCUGUUGCUGCUCCACCCUGUAUGUGUCUGCUGUCGGUUUGCUUUCGCACCUCCCCCGCAGCAGGGGAUUGAUCGUCUCCCUAAAAACAGCUGGGGGGCCCCCCGGGGGGCCCCCCAGGGGCCCCUAUACAGGCGGGGGCCCCUUCAGGGGGCCCCUCUAUCUCCCUUUCACUACAACCUUUCAUAUGCUGCAGCAGAAACUCCUGGGGGCCCCCCACCUUCGUCUCCGUCAGCAGAAGCAGCAGCAGCAGAAACAGGAUCAGCAGCAGCAGGCACGGAAGCAGCAACAGGAGCAACAGGACCAGAAGCAGCAGCAGCAGCACCAGCAGCACCAGCACCAGGAGCAGCAGCAGCAGCAGCAGCAGCAGCACCAGCAGCAGCAGCUCGUCUGACUAUCGGUCAACGCCGCUUAGAAGACAGGAGACAGAACUGGCAUCGGCAUUAUAUUUACGGGCCUGUGGACCCCACAGCAUCUUUAAGUAAGCAGCCAGCAGCAGCAGCAGCAGCAGCUGCUGCUGCUGCUGCUGCUGAGCCUCCUGAAUCUCUGCUGCAGCUGCCCCCACAACGGAGACCCCAGGGACGCCGCUGGCGCCUGCUGGAGGAGCUGCAGGUUGGGGAGACGCUGCUUGAUGCUGCUGCUGCAGCAGCAAAUGAAGCUCUUCAGGAAGCAGCAGGAGAUAAUACAAAAUCUACUCGGGGGGCCCCCAGGGGCCCCUCAACCGGCAGUGUGCUGCGCCACAAGCUGCAGCAAGCUGCUCUUCGUGGGGCAGCAGAAAAGAUUGAAAAGAUGUUGGAGACACUAGACAAAGAAGAAGGAGACAGUUUAAUCUCGAGAACGCAAGCGGAGUGGCAGGGAGAGGCCCCUCCUGCUGCUGCUCCUGCUGCUGCUGCUGCUGCUGCUGCGGGGGGAGGAGCCCUCAGUGUGGGGCCCCGCGCGCUGUAUGCAAGGGAGCUCCGGCGUUUGCUGCAGAACCGAGCAGCUUUAAUAUCUGCUGGGGUAUUAAAGGGAGAAGAAGAAGCAUCUGGGGGCCCUCCCGCGCAGCAACAGCAGCAACAGCAGCAACAGCAGCAGCAGCAGCAGCAGCAGCCGGAAGGGCCCCCAAUAUCUCUGUUAGAUGCGUUGCUGCCGCGAGAAGGGACAGCACUUAGACCCAGCUGCGCGCUGCUGCUCUGCCAGCUGUUGUCUACAGCUAACUUUGACGAAACUGUGGAGGUGCAUGUACACCUGAAAAGAAGAAAAACAAAAACAAAAGAUGCUGCAGCACCGAAGGGCCCCCAACGCGUUCAGGGUUUUGUCGUACUGCCUUACGGUGUUAUUCCAACCCGUAGGGGGCCCCCGGGGGCCCCCCCCGCUGCAGCAGCAGCAGCAGCAGCAACUGCAGCAGCAGCAGAGAAAGAAGAGCAACAGGGGCCCCCUGCAGCGGAGGCCCUCGUUGUUAGAGGGAAGAAGAAGGGAGGCAUCUGGCGCAGACCACGUAUAAUUGCUGCACUUGUACAUCCUUCUGAAGAGAGAGCUGCUAGGGAAGCAGGUAUGUAUAUAUCUGCUGCUGCUGCUGCUGCGGAUGCUGCUGCUGCGGGUGCUGCUGAAGCAGGGGCUCUUGCUGCUGCUGCAGCUGCUCCUGAUGCGGUUGUUACAGCAGCUGGUGUUCCUUGUGCUUUUGCUGCUGCUGCUGCUGCUGCUGCUAUUUGCUGCUGA